AUGACUGUGUUAUAAGGUGUGAAGUGAGUAGUGCUAGCGCUAAUCUCUCCAGUCAGCACUUAGGUUCACAAUGAACUUGUUCUAUGCCCUUUUCAUCUGCACGAUGUCCUGCCUCUGUGGCAGUGAAGCAACGCCUUGGCCCAGCUUUUGCUGCUUGAAGAAAAAUCAUUCAAUUAAAGGACUACCUGUGACAAAUGUUGUGGAUUGUAAAGUCCAGAGUGCAGGACUUUGCCCCUUUGAUGCAAUCAUUAUCAGGACACGUAAAGGCCGGAACAUCUGUUUUGAUCCAAAGGCAGAAUGGGUUAUUAAAAAUGUUGUAAUGAAGGGAAUCAACUCAUGUGACAUGAACAGACUUGAACCCAAAGUGCAAAAAGGCAGGCAGGGGAGGAAAAAGGGGAAGAAAAAAGGGAAGCAGAAGAAAGGAAGAUUAAACUAGAUGUUUCAGCUACUGUAUAACUGUUCACAUACAGUGAGAUAAAUUGAAAUGCAAAGUUUUUUUUUUAAUAAUGUAAGUGCUGGCACUCAUUUAAGUAUGAAUAGAGAUAAUAGGCUGUUCAGCUAAUUCUGGCCAAGGCUUAAUUGGUUAAAAAUAGACUCUUUUGUAAUCUUUUACACAGCUGUUAAAAAAUAAUGUCUUUAUGUCUUACGUCUUUUUUGUACUAUAAACAACAUGUAGUUCUCAGAAUGUGCAAUGUAUGUAAUUGUUGUCAAUUUUCCCUCAUGAUUAUUAAAGUAUUUUUGAUUUUUAUGGAAUGUAAUGUCUCUUCAAUGUACUUAUGUCUAAACCUGACCUUAAAAAAACCCUAAAUCUUUAAUGAAGUUUGUAAUUUUUUAUGAUGAUGAUGAUUUAUGUUUUGAUGAUGAAACAUGACGGAUUUUUUUUACAAUUUGCAUUUAUCAGUUUUGUUAGGACAUAUAACUCACACUCAUGAGAUAUAUUUGUCUUGAUGAGGAAAAUCCACAUUUUAUUUCUAUCCUUUAUUUCUAUCCUUAUUUCUAUUUCUAUGUCUACUGUUGACAUACUCUGAAAGAG